AAUCCAAUCGAAAGUCAUCUUGGUUAUUUAAAAUGGAGGAAAAGAGCGAAGACGCUCAAGUGGUAAAAUUUAAGAAACGGAAUAGAAAUAUUAGGAGACGCAGAUCUUCUGGUAGUGAUGAUCAUGAGGAAGAAGAAGAUUCGAGUGAAAUUAGAUCAGUACUAGAAGAUACAAAAGUUAUACAGAGUCUGAGAAAACGUCCUCAUGGUGUAAGUGUACUUGGAAUAACCGUUGGAAAGAAGGUUUGUACAGAAAAAUCUGUUGAGGAUGACCCUUUUAAAAUGAAAUCUGGAGGGAUAGUAAACAUGAAGAAUAUAAAAACAAAUAGAGUGGAAGACAAAGAUCUGGAUGUAGUGAAUCUGGGACACACUUUUUCAGUGGAGACAAAUCGAAGAGAUGAAGAUGCAGAUAUGAUGAAGUACAUUGACGAAGAAUUAGCAAAGCGUAAAGGUGUGGAGAAGGAAGAUGUUAACAGAGAGAGAAGAAAGGAAGAUACUCAGCUCUCAGAUGAUGUGCUUUUCCAGGUUCCUGAGCAUCUGAGACAAUCCUCAUCCAAACAGUCAGAAGAGAUGUUGUCUAAUCAGAUGUUAUCUGGUAUCCCGGAAGUUGACUUGGGUAUAGAAGAAAGGAUAAGAAACAUUGAAGCAACGGAGGAAUCCAAACUGAAAAUGUUGAAAGAACGAAUGGCAAAGAAAGAAACGGGCACAUCAUUUGUGCCAACAAACAUGGCUGUCAACUUUGUCCAGCAUAAUAGGUUUACCAUUGAAGAAAGUGCAGAGUCCAAAGCUAAAUUGUUAAAAGAAAAGUUUCGAGAGCCAGUAGUAAAUAUAAAUGAAGCAGAAAAAUCACAUCAAUUCAAAACUAAGAAAAAUUCUAAAAUGGGAGAAGAUGAGAAAGCAACAGAUGACUUCCAUUUUGAAAAAUUCAAGAAGCAGUUUAGGAGAUUUUAGAACAAGGCAGAUAUUUUACUUUACACAUAUAUUUAUUGCAUAUAAAUAAAGUCAUGAAUUCCUUUAUGUGAACAUUAACCAUAAUAAAGAAAAAUAUUUUUGCUGAAACGAAGUCUAACAUAACAAUAAAAUAAGUAUAGAUUAUUACUGAAAAAAAAAUUGAAAUAUAUGACAGUGUGCAAAUUUUCCACACUAAAAUUAUCUAGUAACAAAACAGAUGACUGAAAAGUUUAAAAAUGUUUAACUUAAUAAAACAAAAAAAGUAGUUUAAGUUGUAUAUUUCAUUAAAUACUUUGCUUAUAUAUCCUUGUUAUAGUACUGUAUUUGAUAAGAGAAUUAAUUUCCUGUAACUUUUGAUUUGUACUGCUGUGUACUUUCCUUGCAUGGUUAUAAAAAGUUCAAACUGUAA